AGUACAACGCCCCCCUGAGCGCGGAGUUCGUGGCCCGCCCCUCCGGCGUCUGCACCAUGAUGAAGCUGCCCUAUCAGGAGUCGGCGGAAGGGCUGGACGCGGCGUUCGUCGGGGUGCCGCUGGACACCGGGACCUCAAACCGACCAGGAGCCAGGUUCGGCCCUCGCCACAUCCGGGCGGAGUCCUCCAUGGUCAGAAGGUACAACGUCUCCACCCGCUCCGCCCCCUACGACUCCAUCAUGGUGGCCGACAUCGGCGACGUCAACGUCAACCUGUACGACCUGAAGGACAGCUGCCGGCGAAUCAGAGAGGCCUACCAGAAAAUCAUGGCACUGACGACCUCCGGGGAUCAUCACACGUUACAUUUUUUCUUCAUAGGAGGAGAUCACACGAUCACUUACCCCAUUCUUCAGGCCGUAGCAGAGAAGCACGGUCCGGUAGGCUUGGUACACGUGGACGCGCACACCGACACGGGAGACAUGGCGCUCGGCGAGAAGAUCUACCACGGGACGCCCUUCCGGCGCUGCGUGGACGAGGGCCUCCUGGACUGUAAGAGGGUGGUGCAGAUUGGAAUCCGAGGCUCCUCCUACACCGCCGAUCCCUACAAAUUCUGCAACGACCAGGGAUUCCGGGUCGUCAUCGCUGAAGAUUGCUGGUUCAAGUCUCUGGCUCCGCUCAUGUCGGAGGUCCGCCUCCAGAUGGGGGACAAGCCCGUUUACAUCACUUUUGACAUUGAUGGUAUCGACCCAUCGUUUGCCCCCGGCACAGGGACCCCGGAGGUCGCCGGUCUCACAACACAUCAGGCUCUGGAGAUCAUCCGCGGCUGCCGAGGACUGAACAUCGUAGGGGGUGACCUGGUGGAAGUCGCCCCAAUGUAUGACCUCUCAGGUAACACGGCUCUGACCGCCGCCAACCUCUUGUUCGAAAUGCUGUGCGUUCUACCCAAAGUGAAGACCUUCUAGGAGGGGCGUGGCCACCAUCGGACAGCGGGCGGCGC